AUGGCUGUGUGUGCCCGGUUGUGCGGCGUGGGGCCCGCCCGCGGCUGCCGUCGGCGCGGCGCCGCCAGGGAACAACGCCGCGGCAACGCCGACAGCGAGCCCGACACCGAUACGGACCCCGAGGAAGCGGGAGGUGGGGCCGUCACGGAGGACGAUGAAGCCGCAGAACGCAUUGAGGGCGGGCGGCCGCUGCCGCCUUCUGUCGAGGCCGGCCCGGCCGGGCGGGCCCCGCUGUCCUUGUUGGAGCUGCCCCCGGAGCUCCUGGUGCAGAUCUUCGGCUCCCUGCCCGGUACCGACCUGCCCAGCCUGGCCCGGGUCUGCACCACCUUCCGCCGCAUCCUCCGCACCGACACGAUCUGGCGGCGGCGCUGCCGCGAAGAAUAUGGGGUGUGUGAGAACCUGAGGAAGCUGGAGAUCACAGGAGUGUCCUGCCGAGAUGUUUACGCCAAACGUAUAAACCCCCGGGUGAAGUCGGGGCGGUUCAUGCGAAUCCUGCCCGACUACGAGCACAUGGAGUACAGAGAUGUUUACACCUGCCUGCUGCACCGCUACCGGCACAUCCUGGGCCUGUGGCAGCCGGACAUCGGGCCCUACGGGGGACUGCUCAACGUGGUGGUGGAUGGUCUGUUCAUCAUUGGCUGGAUGUACCUGCCCCCUCAUGACCCUCACGUGGAUGAUCCCAUGAGAUUCAAGCCCCUCUUCAGGAUCCACCUGAUGGAGAGGAAAUGUGCCACGGUGGAGUGCAUGUAUGGCCACAAGGGACCUCAUAAUGGCCACAUCCAGAUUGUAAAGAAGGACGAGUUCUCCACCAAGUGCAACCAGACAGAUCACCACCGGAUGUCAGGGGGCAGGCAGGAGGAAUUCCGGACGUGGCUGAGGGAGGAGUGGGGUCGGACUCUGGAAGACAUUUUCCAUGAACACAUGCAGGAGCUCAUCCUGAUGAAGUUCAUCUACACCAGCCAAUAUGACAACUGCCUGACGUACCGGCGCAUCUACCUCCCCCCCAGCAGCCCCCAGGACCUGAUCCAGCCAGGCCUCUUCAAAGGCACCUACGGGAGCCACGGGCUGGAGAUUGUCAUGCUCAGCUUCCAUGGCAAGAAAGCCAAGGGCACCAAGAUCACUGGAGAUCCCAACAUCCCAGCUGGACAGCAGACUGUGGAGAUAGACCUGGCACACCCUCUGCAGCUGCCUGACAUCGAGACCCUGCGUGACUUCAGCGAGCUGUCCCGCAUGGUGCUGGAGGUGCAGGAGCAGGUGCGGCGCGAGGAGCAGGAGCGGGAGCAGAGGCAGGAGGAGCAGGAGCAUUCCCAGCAGGCUGCCUCCCAGCCUGCCAGCCCCCUGGGAGGAGAAGGUGCUGAGGGGGAAGAGACUGCAGCUGGGGCAGAGGGGACCACCCAGGACAAGGCCCCGGCUUCCCAGCCCUUCGUGCUGCCCACGGGAGUGAUCUCGAGGAAUGAGGAUUAUCCCCGCACCUGCCGAGCCUGUUUUUAUGGCACAGGCCUCAUUGCUGGCCACGGCUUCACCAGCCCCGAGAGGACGCCGGGGGUGUUCGUCCUGUUCGACGACGAUCGCUUCGGCUUCAUCUGGCUGGAGCUGAAAUCCUUCAGCCUCUACAGCCGCAUCAAGGUCUCCUUCCAGAACGCCCAGGCACCCUCCCAGGAGGCCUUUGAUGAGAUGCUCAAGAACAUUCAGUUCCUGGCUACUUGAUGGGUGUUUGUGGUGCAGGACAGGGCUCGGGGUGGCCAAGGCUGCUGCGCUCCCCAGCCGGGCCGGCCGGGGAUCCUCGCUCUCGGUACCUCUGGAUAGAAGCAUGCACUUUGAAUAAAGCCUUUGUACCCCAAAUGUACCCACAUCCCUCUGCAGCCCUCCCUGACUGCCCUUUCCUCUGUGCCGCUCCACGCUGCUUCCCAGCAGUCCUUGUUUCCCAGGCUGUGCUUUGGAGAGCUGAAGGAUCCUGCAGAGGAGGGAGCACACCUUCCUUAGUGCAAAACAGGAAUGUGUUGGGACAAAACCAACUUCUGGUCAGAGCUGGACAGAGGAACAGGCAGUGACAAAGCACAUCCUCCUCUCCAGAGCCUUUCUGUGGGUGCAGCUUUGCCAGGAGAGGUUGGUGUGAUAACUUCAUCCUUGCUCAUUGCAGCGUGUGGUUUCCUCUGGAGAAUCCCCUCAGCCAGGGCAGGAUCCCCACUGCAGAUGAGUGUGUGCAGCAUUGGCCUGGCUUCUGGAGCUUGAUGGAUGUGCUGUCCCUGGAGCUCCAGGUCUGGCUGAGACCAGAGAUGAUUUUUUCUCCUUGCAGGAGCUGGGUGUGGGACUGGACAUGGGUGUAAACUGCAAAAGCUCUGAUGUGUUCAGACUGGUUUGUACCUGAAAGGUUUUCUCUUGCAGAGUGGGUCUGAAAAGGCACAGGAAGGAGCCAAAAGAGACCCAGCUGUGAGCUGAGCCCAGUAGGCUCCAGCUGGGUAGCAGAAGGUGCCACUGGUCCUGUGUGACCCCAGGGCUGCCAUUCCUGCUCAGGUUUGCCCUUCAGAGUGCAGAGUGACAAGGGGUUGUCCUUGUACUGUGUGGCUUGUGGCUGCUGGAGUGGUGGGUGCUGUGCCCCACUCACAGAGCCCUUUUUCCCUUUCUUUUGCACUUGUUUGAUCCCAGAUGGUUUUGUGGCAGAUCUGAGCUCCGGUGGGAGUUGUGUGCUGCAGGCAGGGGAGCAGGUUCCCUUCAGCUGUGCAGGAAAAUCCUGGCCAGGGAGUGGUGCUCACAGCCAUCUCCAGGCUGUGAGUGGUGCUGGGAACCAUCAGCACCAACUCAGCCCUUUGUUGCAGCUGCCCUCUGGCUGUGAUGACAAACUCCAGGCCCCUUCUCUUCUCCCCAGAUCAGUGUCUAACAAACCCCUGCUGUUACAGCUCUGCAGUUUUAGGUCUGUGAAUGUGUCUGGACCUGCUCUGGGAGGUUUCAGGCCCCUUCUGUGGAGAAGUUUCAGUCCCUGCCUGGUUCCAGUGCCUGUGAGCAGCUUUUGUUCUCACUCUCACAAGGGCUUUUUGCUUUUUCUGGCUCUCAUGUGUUCCCUCAGCUGUGUGAGAAGCCAGGCUCCAGCAGCAGCUCAUGUCACUCACAGGAUUCAUUCCUGUCUCUCUGGACAGAGUUCUCCAAACCUCUGGGAAUUUGAAGGUGAUUUAGGGCACUUUUUGCUUCGUUUCCUGCAGCUUUGUGAGGAGUGCCUCAGUGUUGGGGUGAGGAGCAGUUUCAGGCUGGAGAAUAAGCUGGGAAAGGCAGGGUGGUUGUGAGGGGUUUCCUGCAGAGGGAGGAACCAGCUGGGAUCUCACAGGGGUGAGAGGGAGGAAGGGGCUGCUCUGUGUGCCUUGGGUGGGCAGAGAGGGGCUGGAGCUGGAAUUGGGCACCCCAGCCUUGCGCUGCUCCUGCCUGGUCUGCACAGGGGUUUCCAGUCUGGUGCAGGUUUCUGGGACACUGGAGAUGUUCUGUGCUGGGUUAAUGGUUGUGCUCAAUCUCAGAGGUCUUUCCCAACCUAAAUGAUUCUGUGAUUAGGACUUUUAUUUGGUGUCUCAGUGGCCUGUUUAUAUUGGAAUUUGCUGUUGGGCUGCUGCAGUCCUGCCUUGUGUCUGACAGCCCAAAGGGAUGGGAGAUGUCCCCUUGGGCAGCUGUUCCCAUUGCCUGUCCCUAAAACCAGCUCUUCUUCAGCUGCAUCUGUAGCUCUGAUUGCAGAUUCCUCCCCACUUCAAUAUCCCCACAAAAAAAAAAAUCCUAAAGUUUUACACAACUGACUUGAUAAUUUUCACUUUCAGCUUUUAAAUUACAAUUAAUUUUUUUUUAAAUGGAGAUUAAAAUCCAGAUUGCGUUGAUUGCCCUGCAGGUACCUGAGGCUUGAGUCACUCUCCCAGGUACUGCCCUGUGUGUAGCCUCUGUCCUGUGUCACCUGGGCAAGGUGUCACCUGUUUGUUGUUGGCACAGGUUGUGCAUCUGCUCUUCCCCAGGCUUCCUGUCCCUUCUGAGCCUUUCCAGUGGCAGUGCCAGGGGUCUCCUGAUGGCCAAACCUGCCUGGAGAGAAGGGCUUUGGUGUAGGCUGAUGCCCUGUGGGAAUUUUCCCAGCUCUGCCUCGCCCCUGCAGUGGCAUCUCUUUAUUUAUAACUCACCUGGCUGGCCUCAAAAUGUCAGGAUAAUUCCCGAUUAAAGGGAAAACUGCAGCUACCCCCUGGCUCCAUUCUGUCUGGAGCAAAAGGAAAUAGCAAAUUUUGUAUUAAUAUUCCUCUGAUGCCUUUUCUCACCUUCUGCUGCUCCAAGCCUGGCAGGCUUUUGUGGCAUUUCAGAAGAAAACUCCCUCUGCUUUGGCUGAGGGUGAGGAAAGCUGAGGGAAGCAUCCAGUGCAGAUGGAUUUGGGAGUGCUGGGAUGCUCCUGUGCCUGUUCCUUUGUUCAUGGCUCUGUCAGUGCUUCCAGAGCAAGGCAGGAUAACAAGGAGUUAAAAUUCC